AUGAAGUCGAAUAUUGACAAGGACUUGUUACGGGAGAGAGAGAAAUGUACAUUUGAUAUACAAGAAUUGGUACAUAUCAUUGAUGGCGGGAAAGACAAGACGUUGAUGAGAAAAAGUAUAGAAGAUUUGGUUUUAAGUAUCAAAGAAUUGAAGGAUGAAGUACCCGAAGACUACCUCAGUCACGCGGAGAAAUAUGAGAACGCAAUCCGGAAGGGGUGCAUCCUCUUCGAUAUGUAUUUUUACCUCACAAAAAAUAAUACUAAAUUGGACAAUUCUCCGUCAAAUGUUUAUAGGAUCCACGAAGGUAUCUUGAAACAAGUCAAUCCAUUUAUAUUACAUUUCGGCUUGUUUAUGCCAACAAUUAUGAGUCAGGCGUCUGAGGAACAACAGGCAAAAUGGUUGAAGAAAAAUUCUAGAAUGAUUGGCACGUAUGCUCAGACAGAGCUUGGUCAUGGUUCGUUUCUAAGAGGUCUAGAAACAACCGCUACGUUUGAUCCUGAAAAAGAUGAGUUUAUAAUAAAUAGUCCUGCGAUAACAUCGUAUAAAUUUUGGCCCGGUGGAUUGGGUCAUACAGUUAACGCAACAAUUGUAAUGGCACAACUUUACAUAAAAGAAAAGUGUCUCGGCACUCAUCUUUUCCUCGUGCAAAUCCGUGAUUUUGAAACUCACAAGCCUCUACCCGGUAUAAAAGUUGGUGAAAUAGGACCUAAAAUGAGUUUUAAUACUGCUAAUAAUGGUUUCCUUGGUUUUAAUAACGUAAGGAUACCAAGGGAAAAUAUGCUCAUGAAAAAUUCUCAAGUAUUAAGAGACGGUACAUACAUUAAAUCUAAGAAUGCCAAGCUGACGUACGGUUCUAUGGUGAUGCUUCGAGUACAGAUCAUCUCAGACGUCGCCUACGAGGUGGCCAGAGCUGUGACCAUAGCGGUCCGGUAUUCGGCCGUGAGACAUCAGUCCCUGUUGAAGGAAGGAGAGCCCGAGCCGCAAGUUCUGGACUACGUGACGCAGCAACACAAGCUGUUUAUCUCGAUAGCGUCGAGCCACGCCUGCAGGGUCGUCGGACAGUGGGUGUGGAAACGUUACACGAAGGUCAUCGCUCAGAUAGGGGAAGGGAACUUGAGUGAGUUACCAGAGCUGCACGCGCUGACGUGCUGCCUGAAGGCGGCGUGCUCGCGCGACGGGCUGGCGCUGGUGGAGAGCUGCCGCCUGGCGUGCGGCGGGCACGGCUACCUGCUGUCGUCCAACCUGCCCAACCUCUACGGCAUCGCGGCCGCCGCCGUCACCUACGAGGGCGAGCACACCGUCGUGCUGCUGCAGACCGCCAGAUUUCUGGCAAAGGCCUGGAACGGUGCCGUGAAUGGUAAAAAAUUACCACCAACUUUAGCUUUCCUAGCAGAUUACUGUAACAAAAACGUGCAAUCUUGGAGCGAUUGUUCAGAAGGGAUAGUAGAAGGAUUUAAAGCUAUUGCAGCAGGGAAACUAAAAGCAGCUUGUGAUUCAAUUCAAGCUCAUCUCAAUAAGGGGCGGCAGUUCGAAGACGCUUGGAAUUUGUGCUCAGUUCAAUUGAUUAUUGCAAGUGAGGCAUUUGCUCGUUAUCUACUUUGUGAUAUAUUUUGGAAGGAAACUCAAAAUAUGGUUAAGUCAGUUUCCAAAAACUUGGCCGUUGUUUUGCAACAGCUGGUAGAAUUGUAUCUAGUAUACUGGGCCUUAGAAAAGCGUGGUGAUCUACUGAUGUAUACGAUGAUAUCGAAGGAUAAUAUAGAACUACUGCAGGCGCGCUACGAAGAACUGCUGGGUUUGAUCCGACCUAACGCUGUUCCACUCGUCGACGCCUUCGAUAUAAGGGACGAGAUCCUUUGCUCAACAUUGGGUUCUUACGACGGACGAGUAUAUGAGAGACUGAUGGAAGAUGCUUCAAAGAGCCCUCUCAACAAACAAGACGUCCACGAUUCCUUCCACAAAUAUAUCAAGCCUUUGAUGAUAAAACACAAGUUGUAAAAUGACCGUGAAAGUUAUUUUUCAUUCUAUACAUUUUCAUUUAUACGUACAUAAAGAGUAAGCUUAGGCAUAAGGCAGACUGUCCUAGUUGGUUGGUCUAUGUAUAAAAAUGGAUGUUUAUUAUCAAUAUAAUGUGUCUAGGAAUAUUGUUGGUGGAUUUUCCGAAUAAAUUUUUCAGAUAUUGUUGAUCUUUCUAAUUAAAAACUCAGAUAUUAUUAGUAGGUAUUCCGAAUCAAAUAUAAUUAUUGGAUAUUUUUACGGUUUUUAGUUCGUAAUUUCGCACUUGAUAUAUAUACAUGAUCCUGAAACUGUUUGACAUUUUAAAAGAAAAUUUAAAAGAAAGCCG